ACCUUCACAGCUAUGAAUCUGCUUGUCCUUGUGAAGAGAGUUAAGUCACCUGCCGAUUUUCUCUCUCCCUCUCUUCCUCUCUCUCUCUCUCUCCUAAACCCUAAUUGGCGGAUCGUUUGAGUCCCUUGGAAAUCGAUCGCCCUGCUUCUCGACUUCUGCUUCGAGGUCUUGAUUGGGCCGUGGGAUCUGUCCCUCGGCGGCGAAUCUAAUCAUUGUUUACCGUGAAUUUAAGUCAUUGCUUGGUGUCUCACAAUGAUACUUCACUUCGCUGUAACAUGGAUUUCUUUGAGAUGAUCUAUCCAUUUGAUAUUUGAUCAACAUUAAGGUGGUUUUUUCUCCAGUCAUUGAGCAAUUAUCAGAUAUGUCUGGUGGCACUUCUGAGAUUGUUGAGACAAAUGAAGACCCAACUAUGGCCAGUUAUUAUGAUGGAUCAAAGAUUCCAAGUACUAAGCUCAAACCAAAUCUCCAAGAUGGUAAAUGCCAAUACAAGGAAGAUGGACUUGACCAAUUUUUAAGAGCGAUAGAUCUCAGGACAUCGAGGGUUUUUAGUCCUAGUCCUUCAGGGAUAGAUUUGUUGCAUAAGAAUGCUUUGAAGAAAGCACUCAGAGGUGGCACACCUCGAACGUCAGGAACAGGAAUGCCAGAAUCUGUCUCCUUAAAACAGGCUUUGAGAAGAUUAUGCAUUUCCCAAGCAUCAGAGAUGGCUGCCAUGAAGAGGUUAUCAGGGGCCUCUGAAGCUGUAACAAUUGAGAGGCUUUAUGCUUCGGUGGUGGUCCAAACAAAUGACUCUGAUUUUCCUCUGAAUAUGGCAAAGGCAAAUGUAGUUGAAAUAUCUGUCACUCCUUUCAAGGUAUCCGGAGACUCAUCGAAUAAACCAGUUCCAUAUGGUGAACUACAACAGGCAGAGUCAAGUAACCACAAUGCUGAUUCAGUAUCUAAUAAGCCUAUUGUAACAAAAAUCAGAAUCCAAGAUGUACUUCAAUCAGUACCAGAUGAGUCAUUUGAAAGUCAAUUGGCAGCCAGGAACAGGGAUAUGAAGGGUAAAUCAGUCUCCAAACAGUCGAUAUCUAGCCCACAGGCUGAUUCUGCAUCAAACAAUUCUAUUGUGAUGCCACGUCUAUUACACUCAUUAAAUAGGAAUAAUCUUACUAAACUGAAAGUGAAGUGUGAGCCAGCUUCAGUGCCUAGUGGUUCAACCAAAUGCACUGAAGUUAAUAAAAGUGAUACUACUAUGUCUACAUCAAAAUCAUGUUGUCCCAAAGAAUCAGUCACCCCUGCAUCUACUGUUCCAGAAAGUAAUACAACAGAUAUUGAUUGUGGUGCAGUCAAAACCGUUUCUGGCAUAAAUAGCUUCAGCAGUGGUCAAGUCAGUGGAGUGAAAGAAAGUGAAUUCUCUACAUCACAAGAAGAAGGGGAGUGCUCCCAUAGUUCCAAAAGCAGCACUUGUGAUUAUAGUUGCAGCACUAGCUUUAGUGAAGAGAGCCAUCAGAGUGGUAUUGUUGUUAAAGGAUGUAGACCUCACAUGUCGAAGGAUGUGAGAUGGGUCGCCAUUAGUCACAUCUUAAAUCAGCAAGCAAGAUUGUGUUUAAAUGACUUUAAGCUACUCAAACGACUUGGUUGUGGAGAUAUUGGAACAGUUUAUCUUGCUGAACUAGUUGGCUUUGAAUGCUUGUUUGCUUUGAAGGUCAUGGAUAUUGACUUCCUGGUUAGCAGAAAAAAGUUGCUAAGAGCACAAACAGAAAGAGAAAUAUUGGAAAUGCUAGACCAUCCAUUUCUUCCUACCCUCUACUCACAUUUUACAACAGAUAACCUCUCGUGUUUGGUCAUGGAGUAUUGUCCAGGUGGUGACUUGCAUGUUUUGCGACAAAAGCAACCUGGAAGGAGUUUCUCUGAGGCAACAGCUAGGUUUUAUGUUGCAGAAAUUCUCCUUGCUUUGGAAUACCUGCACAUGCUGGGUGUUAUUUAUCGGGAUCUAAAACCGGAAAACAUCCUGGUCCGUGAAGAUGGUCAUAUCAUGCUCUCUGAUUUUGACUUGUCUCUCAGGUGCUCAGUGAGUCCUACUCUUCUUGCAUCCACAUACUUGGGUGCACAAGACUAUGAAAAGAAACUCGUAGGACCUUGUGCUGAGAAUAGCUGCAUUGACCCUCUUUGUCUUCGGCCAACCUGUGUUCAAGUUUCUUGUUUCACACCCCGAUUGAUAACCUCCACAGCCCCAAAUAUAGGAAAACUAAAAUCUGACAUGGGCGGUCAGGUAAGACCGCUUCCACAAGUUGUGGUGGAGCCAACCGAUGCAAGAUCCAAUUCCUUUGUUGGGACCCAUGAAUACUUAGCCCCUGAGAUCAUUAGAGGAGAUGGACAUGGGAGCACUGUGGACUGGUGGACCUUUGGGAUCUUAUUGUAUGAGCUACUUUUUGCUAGAACACCUUUCAAAGGGCUGGGAAAUGAUGAAACACUGACCAAUGUGGUGACACAGAGCUUAAGGUUUCCCGAGAACCCAUCUGUUAGCUUUCAUGCCAAAGAUUUGAUUAGGGCUCUCCUAGACAAGGAACCAGAAAACAGGCUGGGAUCAGCCACAGGAGCUGCUGAAAUCAAGCAGCACCCUUUCUUUGCUGGGAUAAAUUGGGCCUUAAUACGCUCUUCUCCACCACCUGAGACACAAGGCAGUGACUUUGGAACUCCUGUGCUUAUUCGCAAGAAAAAAGAAGGAAGGUGUCUUGAUUUCAGGUCGAAUGGACAUGAUGUGGAGUUUGAGUUGUUCUAGCGCAUUGUCCUUCCAACCUGUAAUCUUCCAGUUCUUCUGAUUACAUAAAUGUAGGCCUAAGUUCUUAUUCCUUGUCUAUGGUAUAUUGUAUUUGUUUAUACAAACGAUCUCGCCAUUGUCUACCACUUUUCUACUCUUCGUGCAUAUACUUAUUGAUAGGAAACGUAGUCAUGUGUACAAAAACGUCGUGUAUUCCAGCCUUAAGUGGGUAUUACUCUAUUUACGUUCAUGGCAGCUUCAA